AUGGCGAGGCCCUCUGCACGCUACCUGUCGGAAUGCAAGGUUCCUACACAGUGGAAGCCCAGCAAGACCGUGUUGUUGUAUAAAAAAGGAGAUCCACAUGACAUCGGUACUAUCGUCCAAUCUGCUUACUGUCCGUCAUCUACAAGCUCUUUACAAGACACGAUUGACUACAUCCACACUGUUUCGAAACUCAUCGAGGUAUCACGAGAGUACAAAAUGCCGCCCCGCGUCACCUUCAUCGACUUGAAGAAGGCCUCCGACUCAGUUGAGAUGGAAGUCGGUCGUGGAAGCCUUUGA